AUGCCCACCUCUAUUCGUUGUCCUGCUCCUGCUCCCUCUUUCUCUUCUCACCUCUUCAUUCGCCUUAAUCACGAACACCGCGAGUUUGUAGUUGACGCAAAAACAACUAUCCCAUCCCGGCUGGACCGUGCCGCCUCAGCAACCCAGACGGGACUUGAUGCUGCACCUUUUGCGGAGCCAGGCCGGACUAAACUCGAUGGUCACACCGUUUGGUUGUGGAAAAAAGAAACCCUCCCUCCUUGCAUCACAUCGAGCCGCGGUGUGGAGGUGGGAGAUGGGAGCCCGUUUCUGCACCAUCCCGUCGGCUGCAGUAACUGCUACGCUCGAAGACGAGUCCGGCGCAGGAAAGAUGGCACGGGGGCGAGACAAGUGACGAACGACCUGGCCCAGUUGCCUUCUCACUUACAACUAACCCAUUGCACCGUUUGUGCCCAACUAAUCCCAGGUCCAGGCACACCAACAGUGGUUGCCAGUCGCUGGAGGCCAGACGAGAGACGAGUUGGCCUCAUCGCCACCAGCAACGAGGCUGCCCUUCGCUCCGCCGAGGAGGCGCCAGAUGCGAGAAUGCUAAUGACCGACCGGAAUCCUUGUUGUCAAGGCACCCGGGCAUUGGCUGCAUGUGUGCCUGCAGUGUUAAUAAAAGCGAGUCUUCUUAAAUAG